AUGGGCAUGUCCGGUACAGCCUUGAACCAACCUACAAGGCAGGUGCUGUGCAUUAGGUCCACUGAACAGACGAGGAAACUGAGUCAGCCUGGCAGCGCCCCUACCAAGGCCGGCAGCGCGGUGACCUACACCGGAAGUGCGGUGACCUACCCCGGAAAUAUCUGGUAUGCUGACCCUGGUCUGGUAGAAGACAGUUCUGAGGGGGUAGAGGAAAACGAACAUCACACGACCCUCUGGCUGCUCAGCGGUGGUGACGCUGAGCGCGGCGCCAGCGCCAUGAGCUUCUGCACUUUUACCCGCAUGCUCUGGUUGGGUGCUCUGUUUAACUCCUGCGUGGAGACCACACAAGAGGACCACGGAUGGGGCUCAGCUGAUGAAAACUGGCCGACCGAGACAGCAGGAAAUGGUGGAGGCUGCCUUGCCUUCAUUGACUCUGACCGUGGUGCUGAAACAGGACUCAACCGUCGAAUCCCGACGGACCUCGAUGAGAGCAGAGCGGACCCGGGGGCCUUAUACCUCGGGCCUAUAAGCCAGGGCCUAUACCCCGAGCUGCUAACAGCCCCAGUGCGGGACCCAGGGACCCUCCCCAAACGCACCAUCUGGGCUGAGCCAGCCUCUGUGGUCCCCUGGGGGAGCCCCGUGACCAUCUGGUGCCGGGGGACCCUGGAGGCCCAGGAGUUCCAUCUGGAUAAAGAGGGAACCUCAGUCCCCUGGGACAGACAGAAACCCCCGGGGCCCGGGGACAAGGCCAGGUUCUCCAUCCAACACAUGGGACAGGACCACGAAGGGAGCUAUCGGUGCUACUACGGAACCCCCACUAACUGGUCAGAGUGCAGUGACCCCCUGGAGCUGGUGGUGACAGGACCCUCUGGCAAACCCAGCCUCUCAGCCCUGCCGAGCCCUGUGGUGACCUCGGGAGGGAACGUGACCCUCCAGUGUGGCUCUCGUCAGGGAUUUAACAGAUUCCUCCUGACCAAGGAAGGAGAAGACGAGGUCUCUUGGACCCUGGAUGGAGAGCGACGCCCCGACGGGCAGACCCAGGCCCUGUUCCCCGUGGGCCCCGUGAACCCCGGACAUGGGUGGACGUUCAGAUGCUACAGCUUUUACAGGGACAGCCCCUGGAUGUGGUUGGCCCCCAGCAACCCCCUGGAGCUCCUGGUCCCAGGGCUGUCUGGGAAGCCCUCCCUCCUGACCCCGCAGGGCCCUGUUGUCACCUCUGGACAGAACCUGACCCUCCAGUGUUGCUCUGACAUCAGCUAUGCCAGAUUCGCUCUGUCCAAGAAGGGGGGACAGGACCUCCCCCAGCGCCCUGCCCGGAGGCCCCAGGCAGGGCUCUCUCAGGCUGACUUCCCCCUGGGCCCUGUGGGCACCAUCCACGGGGGCCGGUACAGAUGCUACGGUGGACAUGGCCUCUCCUCCGAGUGGUCGGCCCCCAGCGAGCCCCUGGAGCUGCUGGUGGCAGGACCGCUCAGAGACAGUCCCUCCCUCUCGGUGCAGCCCGGCCCCAAGGUGGCCCCGGGGGAGAGCGUGACCCUGCUGUGUCAGUCAGGAGAUAGGACGGACACUUUCCUUCUGUCCAAGGAGGGGGCAGCCCAUCGCCCCCUGCGUCUGCGCUCCCAGGACCAAGACGGGCAGUACCAGGCCGAGUUCUCCUUGAGCCCUGUGACCUCAGCCCACGGGGGCACCUACAGGUGCUACCGCUCACUCAGCACAGAUCCCUACCUGCUGUCCCAGCCCAGUGAGCCCCUGGCCCUCCUGGUCUCAGGCCUCACGUGGUACCUGAGUGUCCUCAUCGGGGUCUCGGUGACCUUCGUCCUGCUGCUCCUCGUCCUCCUCUUCCUCUUCCUCCGACACCGGGGUCAGGACAGACGCAGGAAGUCAGGUGAGUAGGGAACGGGGUGACUGGGUCCCUGGAGGCCGG